CGCCCCCGGCCCCUGCGGCUCGCGGGGCCGGCAGGGGCCGCGCGCCACACGCGGCCGGGCCUCGCGCGGAGCGGCCGCUCGCGCCCGCAGCCCUCAGAGCCCUGCCCUGCCCGGCGCGGAGCCGCAGGUGCCGCCGCCGGCAUGCUGCUCUCCAAAAUCACCUCGCUGGCGCAUCUCCGCUCCGGGACCGCCGGGGAGCUGCACCCCGCCAAGCUACAGCCAGGUCAGGGACGCCCGGCGUGGGGGUGCCCGUCCCGGCUCGGGGCCGGCCGGGGCAGCGGGCGGAGCGCUGACGGGCGGGUCUCGUCCACAGGCAAGGAGAAGGAGCCGCUGGAGCAGCUGUACCGGGUGGGCCCGUUGCUGGGGAGCGGCGGCUUCGGCAGCGUUUACUCCGGGAUCCGCCUCUCGGACGGCGCCCCGGUGGCGAUUAAACGCGUGGCCCGGGACCGCAUCUCGCAGUGGGGCGAGCUGCCCAGCGGCAGCCGUGUGCCUCUGGAGAUCGUGCUCCUGAACAAGGUGGGCUCUGGCUUCCACGGCGUCAUCCAGCUCCUGGACUGGUUCGAGCUCCCGGACAGCUUCGUGGUGGUGAUGGAGCGUCCGGAGCCGUCGCAGGACCUCUUUGACUUCAUCACGGAGCGGGGGUUCCUGCCCGAGGAGAUGGCGCGGGGGCUGUUCCGCCAGGUGCUGGAGGCCGUGCGGCACUGCAACAACUGCGGCGUCCUGCACCGCGACAUCAAGGACGAGAACAUCCUGCUCGACCUGGCCACGGGCGAGCUCAAGCUCAUCGACUUCGGCUCCGGCACCUUCCUCAAGGACACGCUCUACACGCAGUUUGACGGAACGCGGGUGUACAGCCCCCCGGAGUGGAUCCGCUUCCACCGCUACCACGGCCACUCGGCCACCAUCUGGUCCCUGGGCGUCCUGCUGUACAACAUGGUGUGCGGGGAUGUCCCCUUCGAGCAGGACGAGGACAUCAUCCGGGGCCAGCUCUUCUUCCGACGGCGCAUCUCUCUCGAGUGCCAACACCUCAUCAAGUGGUGCUUGUCCAUGCGCCCCUCGGACAGGCCGUCCUUGGAAGACAUUUUCAACCAUUCUUGGCUGCAGGACAUUCACCUGGAACCAGCUGAGAUCCACCUGCACAGCUUGAUCCAGGAGCCUGACAAGUAACAGCUCCAUGCAGCUCCUGGUCAUAAGAAGCAAAGAAAACCAGAGUUUUUCAUCUUGACCAUAGCACUGAGCAGGGAUCCUCAGAUGUUCUCAGAUGGGAAUGUGCACAUCUUGCCCUGGAGCUGGGCUGAGGACCUGCUCUUCUAAGUUGUGGUAGCCACCAUCCCAGCCAGCUGUCCUGGACUCCAUCUGAAUGACCUUGUCUCUUGUGAGAUUUUACCAGUAAUUUUUUUUGGACUGGUUUUGGAGGCUCUCAAGUGUCAUCUUGACCUGCUGAAUUGGAUGACCUGAUCGCAAGAAAAGCUCCAAUGGGGGAAAGCUGUGGGGAGGGCAGGGCCUGUGGCAAAGUGGCUGUCCCUUCUCACUGUCCCUUCUCCCUGUCCCCAUGCUUGUGUGCCUUCUGUUUGAUCUGAGCUGUGCUGGAGGAAAGACUUGCCUUUUCCUACAGUGCUGCUUUUCUGAGACUCGCCUGGGCCUAUAGCUCCUUUUCCCUUUUCAAAAAGGAAAUGGGUCAGAAGAUGCUUGGGAACCAAGUGGGUUAUGCCUCGCCUCCUGUGCCUCCAUCCCACACGGGUUUUCUGGGGUUCUUUGCUUCUCUGUGCCCUCACGAAUGCACAAACAAUGCAAACCAACGGCUGUAAAUGUGUACAUAGUUCUACAGGAGCAAAGCUUGAUGUACAGUUGUGAAUAGUGAUGACAUUUUGCCUUUUUUCUCAUUUCCAGUUUUUGUUUUUAAUUUAUUUUCAUAAAUUUGUCGUUUGUUUGUUUUUUAAAGGAAGAGUUCUAGCCGCUAGGAUAACUUAUUUAUUUAUUUAUAACUCAUGUGGGUUUCCAGCCCAUGCCUUGCUUCUACAGCUGCUGAUCCCCCGGUUUUCCAUUCGGGUCUUCCCUCUGUUCCUGUCCUGCGUCCAUCCCCGGGCCCGUCGUGUUUCCAUUGGGUGUCUGGUGGAGGUGUGGGGUGGCCGCUUCUCCCCAGCUGUCUGUGUACAUAGUUCUGGGUGCUGUUCUUUCCUUGCCACGUGCAGAUCUCAGUUUGCAGAUGAAUUUGGGUUUUUUCCACGGGUGUCUUGUUUUUGGGGCUGGGGAGGGGGGGUCUGGCCUGGGCUGUCUGCACUGUCCAGUCUGUACCUGUAACCACGUGCGUAGCCGGCGGGUUUUGUUAAUAGUUAAUAUUGUACAGGGGAAUUGACAAAUCUUAUUUUUUUUAUGCGGUUUUAAAUAAAAGCAAAACACUUGC